AUGCGACUCAUCAAUGUUAGAACACUCGAACUCCAGUGGUUCAACGACGAUGCUAUUCCCAAGUACGCCAUCCUUUCCCAUACCUGGGGCUCAGAUGAGGUCAACUACCAAGAAUUCGUUUGGAUUAGUAAAGCUCGAGCAAUCUCCGCUUCUCCUAACCUAGCAUCUACUCAAGAUGCGCAUAACACACUCAUGCUAGCUCUGGAGUUGAUGAUUCGAGGCAGCUCAGGACCUGGAGGCUUAUCAGAAGAGGAUCUCCUGAAGCGCGUCGGCUACAGCAAGAUAUUGAACGCAGCUGAGCAAGCACAGGGCUUGGGCUGUAACUAUCUCUGGGUGGAUACGUGCUGCAUUGACAAGACAUCAAGUGCAGAGCUCCAAGAAGCCAUCAACUCCAUGUAUCGAUGGUACAGAGACGCCGAAAUUUGCAUCAUCUAUCUGGGUGACAUCCCCAAACCACGCUCAGGUAAUUACACAACUGCCUCUGAAAUCGCAAGAGCAUCUCUCAAAGGUUGCCGAUGGGCACGUCGUGGUUGGACUUUACAGGAGCUGAUCGCACCAAUUGUAUGUCGCUUCUACUUCCAGGAUUGGACCUUGAUGGGCGAAAAAGUUGAAUUUUUGGAAGAGUUAUCCGACGCCACAGGUAUUCCAGUUCGUGUGCUUGAUGACAGAAAUUUACUUAGCGAAGUCUCAAUCGCGGAGAGAAUGUCAUGGGCGGCACAUCGGCAAAGCACACGUAUAGAGGAUGUAGCAUAUUGUUUGUUGGGCAUCUUCGACAUUCAUAUGCCAUUGCUUUAUGGAGAGGGUAGUAAGGCUUUCAUUCGCUUACAAGAAGAGAUACUAAGGACUACUGACGACUACUCUUUAUUUGCCUGGUGCGCCACGACAUCCGAGCAUUCAACCUACCGAGGAUUACUUGCGCGUCAUCCUGAGGAAUUCCAGCACUGCCGUUCUAUAGAGCACGAGAAUGCCGUCUCUACAUUCCCCAUUGGGUUCACGCCAAUCGGGUUACGUGUGCAGUUCGAAUUUUUACCUGAUCAAGACAAGAGCCGUGUGCUAGCCAUGAUUCGCUCAAGCAAUCAGCUGAACCAGCGCCUAGCUAUCACACUAAAGUGCUUAGAUGGAGGGAUGCAAUACGCACGCGUCGAUGCUGGUGCCCUGGUUCCCAUCGACGACUGGCCUACUGGAAAACUUCAUACUAUCUACGUGCGACAGAAACCUUCUAUACCACCUGACUUCACGACCACUGAGUUCAAGAGCUUCCAUAUUCGUCGUCGAGUUUCCAACCAGGCCACACCUAAUGUUCGUAUAAUCAGCGUUACACCUCGAAAUGCCUGGGAUGAAACCGCCCACGAGCUACGUAUACCAGAUCAUGUCACAGAAUUCUGGGGCGCUGUAAUGCUGCGCGUCCAGUCAGCAGCAUAUGCGCACUCCUUGAGCUUUCCAGUAGCAUUUGGGUUCAAUCGAUCGACGUGUCACUACUGGUGUAAAGCGAUUCCCAACUUUACCCCACCACAGGAUGGUCAGACCAGUGGUACCUGGCCCCAAGCCGUGAAGAGAAGAAUACCAGACGAGGUGUACGACCCGCUGAAGGGGACUGACAACGAUGGAAUCGCACUGGAUAGCAAGAUACUAGUGGCUGUCACAAUGCCCAGCGUUACCACCAUCACUUUCUUCUCACUCUUAACCCUUGCCAUAUCCAUUCAGUUCUUUAUCUCUUCGCCGAUGACUAGUUCCGCUAACAUAUCGUGGGCUGAGGGUCCAUGUAAGCUAAUCGCAACGCCGCAGUUUGUGACGAACAAGGACAACAUCUUUACAACCGGAGCUACGCACAUGGCACACAUACACAACGCCAUACUGCGAGGGUACAACACUAUAUAUCUGCAAGCUCCUCAUGUUCGAGGAGUAGACAAAACAGCGUUCGUCGGGUACGCACAAACAUGGUAUCGCUUCGUCAAGAGCCACCACGACGAUGAGGAAGCGGAGUUAUUCCCCAAGGUAGAAGACACGUUAAGAUCCAAGGAUAUUUGGAAAGAGACACAUGAAGAACACGAAUCUUUUCUUAGCGGCCUAGCAAGCUACAACACCUACCUGACUUCCCUCUCUUCCCCGCAAUUUUUCAACGGAAAAGAGCUUGUAAGCAUUAUGGACUCGUUUCAAACCGCCUUCAUGCACCACUUCCACCACGAGAUCAGCACAAUAGCUGCUUUCGCAGACCACCCCUCCGCUCCAGCGCCAAACACCCCAGAAGCAGAACUCGCCGCGACUGUUUUCAAAGCAUGGGGUAAGAAGACUGUUACUAAAGCAGGAACUUUUGAUGUCGUACCAUUCUUCCUAAUGAACCUGGAUGCUACAUUUGAGGACGGCAGAUGGGCAAACUGGCCUCCGAUGCCAGCGCCGGUGAGGUGGGGGCUGGUCAAUGUAGCCGGUAGUGUCCACUGGACGUGGUGGAAAUUCUCUAGUUGUGAUGGUGGAGGAAGGCCAAAGGAGUUGUAUGCGUUAGAGCGGGAAGAUGAGGAGUGA